AUGUCCGUCCUACUGACAGACACUGCCGCAUCAUCCAUCCUCUCUUACUUGGCCCUUCCCCUGACAUACGAGCCGAACCCGUCCGCGGAACCACUCGACUUCCUCAAGAAGCAUUUUCGCGAGCUCCCCACACAUCUCCUCAAGCUCUUCUCGACCUCCACUUCCCCGAGAGAGCGGACCACAGUACCCGCCAUACGCAAUCGCCGGCUCAAGUAUGCUGAUACUCGGCCAUCAGAACUCUCCCUCGUGAAUGCGAAGUCCACAUGGCCUGCGCUAUGGGAAGGUUAUGAGAGACCCGGUGUAGAGCAAAACCAGGAGGAGAGAGAGUGGGCGGAGAAGAAGUUCCUGGGAGGCGACACCAAACAGCAUGUUGGACGAUUAGGUGCGCUACUCGGAGACUUCGAGGAAGAGCGGGAGUUCGUGCGCGUUCGGACAGCUCGGCGGGAACGCGCGGAGUACAUCGAAUCACUCCCUGAAGAAGACGAGGAUAGCGACGAGGAUGGCGACGAGGAUGCCCCCCCUCCUCCGGAGAUUCCAUUGGUGGAGAGGGAGAUGAUGUUCCUCCGAGUUAUCAGGGAACGGUUCAUAUAUGGACACUUGGAGUCCAUCGACUACGAUCUUGUGGAUUGGGAUGAGCGGUGGGACGGAGAUUCGGAUCGUGACGCAGAGGAGCGGUGGUUCGACGAUGAGGAGGAAGACUGA